AUGUUUUGUACACCAGAUGGUACAAAAUUUACUUGUUAUCUGGUUGGAGUAGCAGGAGGAACUGCUAGUGGAAAAACUAGUGUUUCCAGACGUAUAAUUGAAAAUCUAAAUGUACCAUGGGUGGGAUUUCUUAGCAUGGAUUCUUUUUAUAAACCAUUAACACUUGAACAAAAAAAAGAGGCAUUCAAUAACAAUCACAAUUUUGAUCAUCCCAAUGCUUUUGAUUUUGAUUUAUUACUUGAAAACCUGAAAGAUUUGAAAGAAGGAAAGAGAGUUGAAAUUCCAGUAUAUGAUUUUAAAACUCAUUCUAGGCUUCCACAGACAACUCCUCUUUAUGGUGCAAAUGUCAUUAUAUUUGAAGGAAUUUUUGCACUUUAUGAUAGAAGAAUUUUGGAAUUGCUGGAUAUGAAGAUUUUUGUAGAUACUGAUGCAGAUAUUCGACUCGCACGUCGUUUGAAAAGGGAUAUUAGCGAACGAGGUCGUGAUAUAAAUGGUGUUCUGCAACAAUAUCUAAGUUUCGUCAAGCCAUCUUUCGAUCAAUAUAUACAACCUACAGUUAAGAAUGCUGAUGUGAUCGUUCCCCGUGGACUUGAUAAUUUAGUAGCAAUUGAUUUAAUUACCAAACACAUUCAACGUCAACUUAGUGAAUUUCGUUUUAAUUUUCGAUGGGAUUUACCAAAAAUUGUUUGUGGUGAAGAAUUACCCAAUAAUGGAAUGCACACAAUUAUUAGGGAUCGAAAUGCUCUACGUGAUGAUUUUAUAUUUUAUGCUGAUCGCCUUGCAACCUUAGUCGUUGAACAAGGUCUAUCCGAAGUUGAAUAUAAAGUACAUAAAAUUAUGACCCCACUUAAUUUACCUUAUGUUGGUAAGAAAUUUGGAGAUAAGAUCUGUGGUGUUUCUAUUGUUCGCGCAGGGGGAACAAUGGAGGCCGGUCUUCGAAGAGCUGUCAAGGAUGUAUCGAUUGGUAAAAUAUUAAUUCAAACCGAUUUAGAAACUGGUGAACCAUCAGAUGCUCAAAUAUCGACUGGUGCUUCAGCAUUGAUGGCUAUACGCGUUUUACUUGACCAUAACGUUCCUGAGAAUCGCAUCAUCUUUUUAACGUUCCUCGCAACUCCAUUAGGGAUUCACGUACUUAAUAAUGCUUUCCCAACGGUUAAAAUCUGCACUUCAAUGGUUGAUCCACAAGUUAAUAAAGAAACAUUAUUUAUUGAGCCUGGAAUGGGAAAUUUUGGCGAUCGUUAUUAUGGCACAUGA